AUGUUGAAUGCAGAAGAUGCUAAGACAUGUUGCAGUACUAAAUUCAAUGGUCAUCUUGCAACACCUCUUGAGGUUUAUAAUAACUCUCUGUCACUAGGAGUUAACCUUUGCGUAAAAGGAUGGCUCUCAAAGAUGCUGGCAGGUAAUCCAUGUAAAGGACAUACGCCACCAGACUUCUGGCUUUAUCCGGCAGGUAAUUAUAUUCGCUUCAAGCCACUGACUAACGAAUAUCUGGCAUUUUGCUUGGUUCCACUAGCAAACCAGUCUUACACUGACCCUUUUCCUUCUCAUCGUGUCGUGAAUGGACGUGGAGAAAGUCGUUAUUCCUUGAACUACCAAGAUGCUCAUGCCUUGUGCAAUAGUCGCGGCGGCAGAAUGGCGACGAGAGCAGAAUUAGAGUACGCACACCAGUCAGGAUAUGACUGUUGUCAUGCUGGCUGGGUCACAAGUGGGGAAGUCAUUUACCCUGUUACACAGCCAAGAUCUGGAUGCAGUACGUAUUCAAGAGUUGUGAGCUGGGGCUUCAAAAACCUGAACACAUAUAAUGCAUCAGCCUACUGUUAUAUGCCGUAA